CGUUGUGCAGGCCACAGCGGUGGGGAGAAGGACGCGUGCAGCAGUGCCGUGGUGCUCGUCUGCUUUGCCAGCCCGCUGUGCCGUUGCGCUGCAUGGUUGUUCCCCCCUGCGUGGCACCAUGUUGGCCCGUCGCCUGUGGCCUCUGAGAGCGCGGGCCCUCGCGGAAUGGCCAGCGGUGGUCACGAAUGCAGGCGAUGCCGUAGCCAGCCAGCAAGGCCUGCCCGGCAGCGUGGCGGGGCAGCGCGGCAUGGCGGUCAUGGCGAGCGGGCUGCACCCGGCCGUCAAGGGCGCCGGGGGCCGCUCCUCUGUCAGCGGCUUGACGGUCACCGUGUUUGGCGCCACCGGCUUCCUGGGCCGCUACGUGGUGCAGCAGCUGGCGCGCGUGGGGUCGCAGGUGGUGGUGCCGUACCGCGGGAUCGAUGAUGAGUACCGCCACCUCAAGCCCAUGGGCGACCUCGGCCAGAUCGUCCCCAUCCACUACGACAUCCGCAAUGACGCGCUGCUGGCCGCUGCUCUGGCGCGCUCCAAUGUGGUCAUCAACCUCUUGGGCAGGGACCAUGAGACGCGCAACUUCCGCUUCCAGGAUAUCAACGUCGACUUCCCUACACGCCUGGCUCAGGCGUGCGCGGCCCACGGCGGCAUCCAGCGCUUUGUCCACCUCUCGUGCCUCAACGCCUCCCCGGAGUCGCCCUCCGCCCAGCUGCGCACCAAGGCCGCCGGCGAGGCCGCCGUGCGCGCCAUCCUGCCCGAGGCGGUCAUCAUGCGGCCGGCGCCCAUGUUUGGCACGGAGGACCGCCUGCUCAAGCACAUCGCGUCACUCGUCAAGAAGAUGCCCGCGGUGCCCCUCAUCGGGGGGGGUGCCACCAAGGUGCAGCCGGUGAGCGUGCUGGACGUGGCGGCGGCCGUGCUGACGGCGGUGCGCGACGACGGCGCUGCGGCGGGGCAGACCUUCACGCUGGGCGGGCCGGACGUCUUUACCUACAAGCAAGUGUUCCAGCUCGUGUUCGACACCAUCCGCGAGGCGCCCUCCACGGUGGACCUCCCCUUCCCCCUCGCCAAGCUGCUGGCCCUCCCGCGCGAGUGGCUGCUGCCGCGGCUGCCCACGCCGGUGCCCAGCCCGCCCAUGUUCACCGCGGACUACAUCCACCGCCUCGAGCAGGACCAGGUCGUGCCGCCCAACUGCCCGUCGUUCCCGGAGCUGGGCCUCACCCCGCGGCGCAUGGCGGGCAUCAACAUCGAGUACCUCUUCUCGUACCGCGCCGGCGGGCCCGACAAGGGCACCACGCUGGGGGAAGCCACGGACCCCACUACCGCGUCGGGCAUCUGAGGGGGGGCAAGCGGCAGCGGCAGCGGCGGGCAGAAUGAAACAUGGCCCUAGCAUCGCGAUUGGGGAGGAAACAAGUCUGCUGGUCAUGCUGGACUUCGUAGGUCUGCAAUAGCUUUGACGUCCAUACAUCAGUCGUUCAUCUGCUUAAGUAUUGGAGGGCGCACAAAGGAGACCCGUCUUGGGUAAUGACCAAAAAAAAAACGAUUUCGGUGACAGUGACUCGGAGGCCCGGCGUCUUUGUCAUAUGGUGUCGAAUUUUACUGACUUAAAGAGGCACGAGACAAUCCAGGAAAACGCAGAUGUCAUGCGAAGGUCACGCAUGUGAAUAAUAACCUUGU